AUGUUCCUUCCACUGGGACAACAACAGAGCCUUGGUCAUCAACAGAGCCUGAGCCAGCAACAGGUUUUGGGUCAACAGCAGGGUCUCGGAGGUCAACAAGGACUCGGCCAACAACAGGGCCUCGGGCAGCAGCCUGGCCUCGGACAACCAAGCCUUGGGCAACAGCCUGGUCUUGGACAGCAACAAGGUCUGGGACAGCAGCAAGGGCUUGGUCAGCAGCAACAGCAGCAGCAGCAACAACAACAGCAGCAGCAGCAGCACCCGCAGCAACAACAACAUCAUCAGCAGCAACAGCAGCACCACCAGCAGCAUCAGCAGCAUCAGCAGCAGCAGCACCCGCAACACCAACAGCAUCAGCAGCAGCAGCAACAUCAGCAGCAACAUCAGCAGCAACACCAGCAGCAGCAACAUCAGCAGCAACACCAGCAGCAUCACCAGCAGCAGCAACAGCACCAGCAGCAGCAAAACCUCGGGCAGCCGAACCUUGGCCAACAGAGUCUGAGCCAGCAAGGCCUGGGCCAACAGAGUCUCAGUCAGCAACAGACCCUGAGCCAACAACAGCAACAAAGCCUGGCGCAGCAGCAGCACCAACAGCAGCAAAGUCUGAACCAGCAACAAAAACUGAGCCAACAGCAUAGCCUAAACCAACAACAACAAAACCUCAACCAACAGCAGAUCAAGAACGAGCCAAUCCUAUCUCAUCAGCCCCACCCUCAGGCUCAGAAAAACCUGUCCCAAUCGACACCACAACCUGCACAGCAGCAGAUCCCCCAGGUCCCCCAAGUCCAGCAAAUACAGCAGGUUCCGCAACAAGUGCAGCAGGCUCAGCAGGUGCCCCAGGUUCCUCAGGUGCAACAGGUCCAGCAGGUUCAGCAGCCUGCCCAACCUCGCCCGGAUACCCCCGCCCAGGCCAGCGAGCACCAUGGAGACAGUAUGGAGGUGGAAAACCUUGCCGAAGAUGGCGACUCGUUGGAGCCCAAAAUGAUUGAUGGCACGCCGUUCGUGCCCAGGCAGCCAAUGGGCGAGAUGAUGUCUGCUCCUCCCGAGGGAGGUAGCUACCCGACCCUGGAGGCGGUCCACAAGAGUGUUCUUGCGUAUUGCACCUCGGUCGGUUAUGCCAUCGUCAUUGGGCGUUCGAAGAAGACGGUCCCUGGCCUCAAGAAAGUGUUGUUCGUAUGCGACAGGGCAGGCAAGCCUCCCAGUCGUGUUAGCCCCGAGUUCCGCAAGCGCAAGACUUCGUCCCGCAAAUGCGAUUGUCAGUUUGGCUUCUUUGCCAUUGAGCAGCGAACUCAAUGGACCAUUCGAUACCGCCCAGACCCCCAGCACUUACAGCAUAAUCACGGGCCGAGCGAAAGCCCCCUCCUCCACCCGGCCGCUCGCAAGCUGGACAGCAAGAUGGUUGCCGCCGUCAAGGCUCUCAAGGAGAACGGUGAGCCGGCGAAGUCAACAAAGCGCGAAAGAGCAGUCGCUGACUCUUCGACAGGGGUUAGUGUUAACGAAACAUUGGAAAUACUGCAAAACGAAAACCCGCACGUUCCUUUACUUCCUCGCGAUAUCUACAACGCUCGAGCAGCGAUCAAUAGAAACCCUCAGAAAGUAGCCACCGGCUUGGCAGAAAAUCGACCGGCCAUCUACAGCAAGCCGCAUCCAACGGCCGAAGAGCGUAUCCGCGCAGACCUGAGAAAAGAGCUAGCCAAAGCUCGCGAAGAAUUUGACAAAUAUAAGGAAGAGAAACAAAAAGAGAUUGAUGAAUUGAAGAAGACGCUCGAAGAGAAGGAACAGAUCAUCGGAAGGUUCGAGAUGUUUAUCGACAUUUGCAAUCAACGCGUCAUGGUCCAACGGGAGAGGCUGGGAGGGCCGGAAGCAUCAGGAGCUGGUAACAAUGGCAAUUAG